UCUUUGCACUUGUGAGGUAGGCAGCAGAAGCACUGAGCUAAAUCCCCAGAUCCCUGGCCCAGUAAGGGCUAUCUUACUACCCCAUCUAGUUUCGAAAAAUCUGCUUCAAAGAAGCACUAACUACAUUAUGUCUGUUUCAUAACAGGCAGUAAUUCUAUUACGAUACUGGAAAUUGGGCCCCAUUUUAUAAUCUUGGAAUUUCAGUGCGAUUAAUGAACUUAUCUGCAGAAUAUUCUCAUGCUACAAUUCUUCUUCCUGAGCCAGGCGCCCUUUUCUGACGAAGGUGAGGGCAAAGCUCGAAGGUGCUGAGUCCUUGGGGACAACUGUCACCUCAAACAGCCCACGAGGCCACCCGGUGUCCUCCUGGCAGAGCUGUGUGAUGCGGGAUGCUUCGAACUUGAGCCCCGGAACAUCUGCUCAGCACAUGGGCGCCAGGGUGUGUCUGUUUUCAUUGUUUCAAGCUGAUGACGAAACCCAAUCGCUGCACAAGUUAAAAUCUCAAAAGCCCGGAAAUAUUUGGAAGAUGAGCAUUCAAGCAAGUCUUACCGUCUGCUCCUCUCAUCCUGCCGGGGUGUCUUUGACGUUUUUUUUUGUUGUUGUCAGUGGUAGUGGGUAGGACAAGAGAAAUGGUUACUUUGCAAAUAGGGUUGGUGGCAGUUCCCUGGCCGGUCCGCGCUAGUUUUUGCCAGCUGUCAAUCUGGGUUCUUCCGUAGUUCUGGUCCUCCGUGCUUAUUAAACGUACUUCUGAGCUUCUAGGUGAUCACAACUGUCCACAUCUGGUACGGCAGAAUCGGAGACGCCGCCACAAAGCCUCUGACUGUAUAGCACACAGGAAUACAUCCAACUGAGGGGUUCCCGGAGAUGCGUCCCGCAGCCCGUGUCGGGUCAAUGUCUCCAUCCCUUUCCCCUGUAGGGCUCCAGUUACGUUUUAAGCGCGGUGCGCUCACCCUUGUAAGAUAAUCUCUUCUGUACUUUUCCUGCUCCGUGUCCAGUUUCUGUGUCUUCGUGGGGUGACUUUCUAUUAGAGACUCCCUUUGUGAGGCCCGCGAAGCUCCUGGCUAGGGUUCCGUGCCCGUGUGAGCGCGGUGGCGGUUACUGGUGUGGCAGUUGGGCUCUGCUAGGCUCUUGGUCAUCCUCUGGGAAAUACCUCCUGCUGCUUCCGACUGCAGAAUGAAAAAUGGAUGAAUGUCAAAGUGGGAGACAUCAUUAAACUAGAAAAUAACCAGUUUGUUGCCGCUGAUUUGCUUCUUCUAUCAAGUAGUGAGCCCCAUGGUCUCUGUUACAUUGAAACUGCCGAGCUGGAUGGGGAAACAAACCUUAAAGUUCGUCAUGCGCUCUCCGUUACCUCAGAACUUGGAGCAGACAUUAGCCGGCUUGCAAGGUUUGAUGGGACUGUGGUCUGUGAGGCACCUAACAACAAAUUAGACAAGUUCACGGGAGUCCUCUCCUGGAAGGACAGCAAGCACUCGCUCAACAACCAGAAGAUCAUCCUGAGAGGCUGCGUCCUGAGGAAUACCGGCUGGUGCUUUGGGAUGGUUAUUUUUGCAGGUCCUGAUACUAAACUCAUGCAGAACAGUGGCAAGACAAAGUUUAAAAGGACAAGCAUCGACAGGUUGAUGAAUACGCUAGUGCUGUGGAUUUUUGGGUUUUUGGUAUGCUUGGGAAUUAUUCUUGCAAUAGGAAAUUCGAUCUGGGAGAAUCAAGUUGGGGGCCAUUUCAGAACUUUCCUUUUUUGGAAUGAAGAAGAGAAGAACUCUGUGUUCUCAGGAUUCUUAACGUUCUGGUCAUACAUUAUUAUUCUCAAUACCGUUGUGCCCAUUUCAUUAUAUGUGAGUAUGGAAGUAAUUCGUCUGGGACACAGUUAUUUUAUAAACUGGGACCGGAAGAUGUAUUACACUGGGAAGGCAGCACCUGCUGAAGCUCGCACAACCACACUCAACGAAGAGCUGGGUCAGAUCGAGUAUGUUUUCUCUGACAAAACGGGUACCCUCACUCAGAACAUCAUGACUUUCAAAAAAUGUUCCGUCAAUGGGAGAAUAUAUGGUGAAAUAUGUGAUGACCCAGUUCACAAGAAAGUAAUAACUAAGGAGAAAGAGGCUGUGCGUUUCUCAGGGCAAGCUCCAGCAGAAGGAUCGUUCGAGUUCUGUGACCACAGUCUGAUGGAAUCCGUCAAGCUGGGCGACGCCAAGGUGCACGAGUUCUUCCGGCUGCUCGCUCUCUGCCACACGGUGAUGUCCGAGGAGGACCACUCAGGAAAGCUAAUCUACCAAGUUCAGUCGCCUGAUGAAGGGGCCCUGGUAACUGCUGCUAGAAACUGUGGCUUCAUUUUUAAGUCUCGGACCCCAGAGACAAUAACAAUAGAAGAAAUGGGAACACUUGUUACUUAUCAAUUGCUUGCCUUUUUGGAUUUCAACAAUAUCAGGAAAAGGAUGUCUGUCAUAGUUCGAAACCCAGCAGGACAGAUAAAGCUUUAUUCCAAAGGAGCAGAUACCAUCCUGUUUGAAAGACUGCACCCUUCCAGCGAGGCCCUCCUGUCUGUGACGUCGGACCAUCUCAGUGAGUUUGCGGGGGAAGGCCUUCGGACCUUGGCGAUCGCCUACAGGGAUCUGGACGAGAAGUACUUCAGAGAGUGGCACCAGAUGCUCCAGACUGCGAGUGCCGCCACACACGAGAGGGACGACCGGGUAUCGGGGCUCUAUGAGGAAAUUGAAAGAGAUCUGACGCUACUAGGUGCCACCGCUAUAGAAGAUAAGCUACAGGAAGGUGUUAUUGAAACCAUUGCAAGUUUAUCAGUAGCCAAUAUUAAGAUCUGGGUUCUAACAGGAGAUAAACAAGAAACUGCCAUCAACAUCGGUUAUGCCUGCACCUUGCUGACUGAGGACAUGAAUGAUGUGUUCGUGAUAGCAGGAAACACGGUUGGGGAAGUGAGAGAGGAGCUCAGGAAGGCAAAGGGAAGUUUGUUUGGACAAAACAGUAGUGUUCUCAGUGGCCAUGCGGCUUGUGAAAAGCAGCAGCAGUUGGAGCUGGUCUCGGUUGGAGAAGACACCGUAACAGUAACAGGAGAUUAUGCCUUGGUCAUAAAUGGCCACAGUUUGGCCCAUGCUCUUGAAAGUGACGUCAAGAACGACCUCUUGGAGCUCGCCUGCCUGUGUAAGGCUGUGAUCUGCUGCAGAGUCACCCCGCUCCAGAAAGCCCAGGUGGUAGAGCUGGUGAGAAAGCGCAGGAAUGCUGUCACUCUGGCCAUCGGCGAUGGAGCCAAUGAUGUCAGCAUGAUAAAAACUGCUCACAUCGGCGUUGGCAUCAGUGGCCAGGAAGGACUCCAGGCGGUCUUGGCCAGCGACUACUCAUUCGCCCAAUUUAGAUACCUGCAGAGGCUUCUCCUGGUGCACGGAAGAUGGUCCUAUUUCCGAAUGUGCAAAUUCCUGUGCUAUUUCUUCUACAAGAAUUUUGCGUUUACACUCGUGCACUUCUGGUUUGGUUUCUUCUGUGGUUUCUCAGCCCAGACUGUUUAUGACCAGUGGUUCGUCACUCUUUUCAACAUCGUCUACACGUCAUUACCGGUUUUGGCCAUGGGCAUUUUUGACCAGGACGUGAGUGACCAGAACAGCAUGGACUGUCCCCAGCUCUAUGAACCUGGGCAGCUGAACCUCCUUUUUAACAAGCGUAAAUUCUUCAUCUGCGUGGCACAUGGAAUCUACACCUCAUUAGCCCUUUUCUUCAUCCCCUACGGGGCCUUUUACAGCACAGCUGGAGAAGACGGACAGCACGUGGCUGACUACCAGUCCUUUGCCGUUACCAUGGCCACUUCUCUGGUCAUUGUGGUCAGCGUGCAGAUAGCCCUGGACACCAGUUACUGGACAGUCAUUAACCACGUCUUCAUCUGGGGCAGCAUUGCUACUUACUUCUCCAUUUUAUUUACCAUGCACAGUAAUGGCAUCUUUGAAAUGUUCCCAAGCCAGUUUCCGUUUGUCGGAAAUGUAUGGCAUUCUUUGACCCAGAAGUGCGUCUGGCUUGUUAUUCUCUUAACAACAGUGGCCUCGAUUAUGCCAGUGGUGGCAUUCAGAUUUCUGAAGAUGGAUUUACAUCCGGCCCUGACUGACCAGAUCCGCCGGUGGCAGAAGGCCCAGAAAAAGGCAAGGCCUGUAAGGAGGCGAAGACCUCAGCCCCGCAGGUCAAGCUCAAGAAGAUCUGGCUAUGCUUUUGCUCACCAAGAGGGCUAUGGAGAGCUUAUCACAUCUGGAAAAAAUAUGCGAGCUAAAAAUCCACCCCCAACAUCAGGGUUGGAAAAGCCGCUUUUUAACAGCACUAGCUGGCUUGAAAAUUUAUGUAAGAAAACCACAGACACAUUGAGCAGCUUUAGUCAGGAGAAAACAGUGAAACUGUAAGUCACGAUGAAUUUGAACCACAUUUAUCUGUCACUUGAGCUGGAGCUGAAAUUCAGCCUGUCAGGGGCGAGGAGUGGAGCGGGUUGGCUCACUUAGCUUCAGUCUGUGGCAGGCAGCUGCCAGUGCCCAUUGAAUCUGGAGUGCUGUGCAGAAACCGGGCCAGUGAUCACUGUCCAAGCUGCAGCUUGAUGGACCGAAACCUUGAAGUUCAAGUAGGGCUUUUUAUCAAGCUUGAUACCAAUUGAGCUGAACCCCGGGGUCUUAUUUAUGGAGCAGACCUUGUACCUCUGCAUAGACACUGAAUGAAUUCUCAGGUAGAUAAGCAAGUGCAUUCCAGAGGUGUAUAUCGGAGCGGAGGGCCCCUUUUUUUGGACAGAUAAACUGUAUGCAUAAAGAACAGACUUUCUUUCCCAGAGGCACUUUGAAGGCAAAGUUCCAUUAUGUGCCAAGGUGCUUUUAGAGGAAGGGUCGCUAUGACUCCCUGGUCUUCAGGCCUACCUUUCUGUACCACAAGGGACACAAAUCACUUGUGUGGCAGGAAAAGAGAAAGGCCUGUUGGUACUCUUCUCUUCUACCAGUCUAAGGAUGAGGUAGACCAAACAUGUUUACAGUGGGGUAGGCUGGUCACUUGGGCAGAUUUAUUUUUUAAAAACUCUCAGACUGUGUUAUGGAUAGACAUGCCCGUGAAAUCUCAAAUCAUGCUCUUGAGUAAGUAUUCUACAUGUGUUUCAGUGACUUUUAUAACACACUCAGUAAUGCUUUGCUGACCAUCAUCCGGGCCAUGGAGGGAGUCGGCAAAGCAUUGCGAUUUCACACUUUAAUGAUAGUAUUCCACAUAGUCUGCGGGCACAUAUGUAACAACAUUUCCAAGUUUUAAAACUUGGGACUUGAAAUGAAACCAGUCAAUAGAUAGCCUCUUCAAUUACUAUUUAAACACUCAGGCUUAGGACACUGAUAACCAACCGUCACAUUUCUAACCCAAACAUAUAAACCUGUGUGGAUGAGGUUGAUGUUUUGGAAAUGUUCCAGCCCCAAGUCUUAGUCUGCACGUGAGUCACUAGUAUACUUCCUGGUAAGGCCUUCAGGCAGAUUUGAGUUCCAGCCCCAGAUCUGUCGCUUCUGACCUCUGUGAGCUAGGUAAGUAACAUGCCUUCUCCAGGGCUCAGUUUCCUCCUCUGUGAAAUGGGGACCUGCUACCUACCUCAUAUGGCUGCUGGUGUCGAAGCGUGAAUUCUCAGAUCACUAAAAACAUAACCCUCGUGCAAAUCAUUGAAUGGAGCUUCACGAACCCAUUGUCCGUGUAACAGAGCAAUGUGAAGGGAAUGUGAAGAGCCGGAAUCUCAGUCAUCAGUGGGGAAGGCUGUGAUGAAAGGAGAUCGCAAGGAAGGUUAAACCCGGUUAGUGCCCUACAGGAAGUAAAACUUUCUCUCUUCCUGUCUUCUUUUCCAAGCCUGGGAUAAUUUCUCCUGAAUGAGUUCAAAUGAGAGAAUAUGUACAAAAGAUAAUAAAGAUAAUGUGUGUACAGUGCCUUGACCACCGUAGACACUCAGAGGUGUCCCCUUCCCCUCUCCAAGCCUGCCCGCCUUGUCAAGCUGUUGGUGUCUGAUGACUUCCUUGUCAUCAGUUCUGCGGUGUCUGCCUCCCUUUGUAACAUUUUUGAAGACUUUGAGUAAAUGUUUGGUGCAC